UUGUCAUAAACGAAAAUUUCCGGUAAAGAUAAUAUAAAAUAAAAGCUUAUAAAUAGUAAAUUUUCAAAUACGAAUUCAAACGUACGUUCCACCACAAUUCUCUCUGGUCUUUCAAAUAUCUCAAAAUACCCAAAACAAAAGUUCCUCAUCUCUGUUUUGUGUGGAUGACUCGUCGGUGUUCGCAUUGUAGCAACAAUGGACACAACUCUCGCACGUGUCCGACGCGUGGGAGUGGCACGUGCGGUGGACUCGGAGGAUCGUCUUCCUCCGCCGUGAAGCUAUUCGGCGUGAGGUUAACGGAUGGGUCAAUUGUUAAGAAGAGUGCGAGUAUGGGUAACCUCUCUGCAUUGGCCGUGUCUCCGUCGUUUCCUUUAGCGAUGGGCAAUCACAGCGACUCGCCGUUAUCGGAUCACGCGCGGUACUCGAAUCAAGAUAACGAAGGGUACUUAUCCGAUGAUCCAGCUCGUGGUUUCGGGCCUAUCCACCGUCGUGUGGAGAGGAAGAGAGGUGUUCCUUGGACCGAGGAGGAGCACAGACUAUUCUUAGUGGGUCUUCGGAAGCUAGGUAAAGGAGAUUGGCGUGGUAUAUCAAGAAACUAUGUAAUGUCAAGAACUCCUACGCAAGUGGCUAGCCAUGCUCAAAAGUAUUUCAUCCGCCAUGCUUGUUCCAGCCGCAGGAAAAGACGUUCUAGCUUAUUUGACAUGGUAACGGAUUCAUUACCAACACAGGAAGACACUUCCUCUCCAAGCAAGGAGCUCAAAAACAAAACCUACCUUCCUUCACUAGAGCUCUCACUCAAUAAUACUACAGAAUCUGAAGUGGUCACAACCACGGCGCCACCACAGGGGGAACUUGAGGAAGCCAUAGAACCAUCAAACGGUCUUUCAACAAUGCUAGUACCAAGCGGUUACUUUCCUCCUUGUUUCCCAGUCACUUGCACGAUUUGGCUCCCUGCGAGUUCCACUUCACUUCAAGGAACAGAGCAUUCCUUGGAAGCUGAGACUUCUUCUCAGCAGCACCAUGUCCUAAAACCAAAACCUGGAUUUGCUAAAGAACGUGUGAACAUGGACAAGAUGGCCGGUAUGUCUCAGGUUAGCAUAUGAAUGACUACAAGACAUGAAAACGAGACUUCCAACUCUCCAUGCCCGCUAUCUCUAAGGCUUAUAGGAGAGCCCUCAAGGCCAUCUGCGUUUUACUCAAAUGGCUCGGUUAAUAGUUCGGAUUUGAGUAAAGGCAACAGUGCGAUUCAGGCCAUCUGAAAAUUCUUGUUGGUUCUAGGAGGAAACAAACCAAGACAUAAGCCAUUAGAGUUCAGCGUACUUACAAAGGAAGAACAUAUCAAACUGUAACAUUAGAGUUACCAUUCACCAAAUAGUCACACAGCAUCACGUCAUACUUGCAUAAGAUAACCGCACGUUAUAAUACUCCUCUUUUUAAUGUCUCUUCAUGUUUAUUUAUUUAUUUAGAGAUUCGACAAUAAAAAAUGUUACAAAUCAAA